CGGAGGGUGGGGGGGAUCCCGAGAGCAUCAUUCCUUGGCACCGCCCUAUCACCCGACUUUUCUUCCUUCCCCUACCCCGUAAAUUCGGUUUAAUUGUGCGGGGGCGGUGGGUCGGGGCGAUGCCGGCAGUCCCGGGCUCAGACCCGCUCCCGCAGCCUCCCCGGGCUGCACAAUCCCGGGAUUGUGAAGGUGCGGAUGCUCACAGCAUCGGAGGCCUCCCUUUGACGCGGAUACGGGCUGGCAGGGUGACGUGCUCUGUCUGGAAAACAAACAAAGCCGUUUCCCUCUCUAUCCUGAACUCUCCGUGUGGACAAACCACUUGCCCUGGGCAGCGUUCUGGACUAUCACUCUGGGUUAACUCUUUCCCUUAGCAGCAGAGAGCUGAGCUGACCACCGUGUGGUUUCCUGCCGAAGCCGCCCAGCCAGCCACAGGAGCCGUGGGGUCAGGUGGACUCCGGGGUGCCUAGUGCCUAGGCGCUGCUGGAAGACUUUGACAUAGUCAGUGGCGGGGAGGUAAUAGCGGAGUGAUGUCUGCACGUGGGUGAAAAUGCAGUGGGCGCCGUGGCACAUUCUGUGAAGUGAGAUGGCUGCCCACAAGCUUUGGUCACCAGCUCCCGCUCUCUCACUGUGCUUGGUGUGCCAGGAGCUGUGUUCCAGCCCCCAGUUCAUAGCAGGUGGAGCCACUCGCACUGACAUCUGCCAAGGGGCCUUAGGGGACUGUUGGCUCUUGGCUGCCAUUGCUUCUCUCACCUUAAAUGAAGAAAUUUUGGCCCGUGUUGUUCCCAAAGACCAGAGCUUCCAGGAUAAAUAUGCAGGAAUUUUCCAUUUCCAGUUCUGGCAGUACGGGGAGUGGGUGGAUGUGGUGGUGGAUGACAGGCUGCCCACCAAGAACGGGGAGCUGCUGUUCGUGCACUCGGCGGAGGGCAGCGAGUUCUGGAGCGCGCUGCUGGAGAAGGCCUAUGCCAAGCUGAACGGAUCGUAUGAGGCCCUUUCUGGUGGCACCACCACCGAAGGUUUCGAGGACUUCACCGGUGGAAUUGCAGAAUGGUACGAACUGCGGACAGCACCACCCAACCUCUUCAAAAUCAUUCAGAAGGCCCUCCAGAAAGGCUCUCUCCUUGGCUGCUCCAUUGAUAUCACCAGUGCAGCAGAGACAGAGGCUGUCACUUCCCAGAAGCUGGUGAAGGGACACGCCUACUCGGUCACCGGGGCAGAGGAGGUGAACUUCCGAGGAACAGUGCAGAAGCUGAUCAGAAUCCGAAAUCCCUGGGGGGAAGUGGAGUGGACUGGGAAAUGGAAUGACAACUGCCCAAACUGGAGUGGCGUUGACCCUGAGGUGCGGGAGCGGCUGACCAGGAGACAUGAAGAUGGGGAAUUUUGGAUGGCGUUCAACGACUUCUUGAGGCAUUACUCCCGCCUGGAGAUCUGCAACCUGACUCCAGACACCCUGGCAAGUGACAGGUACAAGAAGUGGAGCCUGCUGAAGUUGGAUGGGAGUUGGAGACGAGGAGCCACUGCAGGGGGCUGCAGGAAUUACCCAAACACUUUCUGGACAAAUCCGCAGUAUUUAAUCAAACUGGAGGAAGAAGAUGAGGAUCCUGAUGAUCCUGAGGGGGGCUGCACUUUCCUCAUUGGGCUGAUUCAGAAGCACCGGCGGAAGCAGAGGAAGAUGGGAGAGGACAUGCACACCAUUGGCUUUGCAAUUUAUGAGGUGCCCCCAGAGUUUUCUGGCCAGACGAAUAUUCAUCUGAGCAAAAACUUUUUCCUGACCAACAAAGCAAGAGAAAAAUCAAACACCUUUAUCAACCUCCGGGAAGUGCUGAACCGGUUCAAGCUCCCUGCAGGAGAAUAUAUCGUCGUGCCCUCCACCUUUGAACCCAACAAGAACGGGGAUUUCUGUCUGCGCGUCUUCUCUGAAAAAAACGCAAACUCCACGGUGAUAGAUGAUGAAAUUGAGGCCAAUUUUGAAGAGACCGAGAUCAGUGAAGAUGACAUCGAACCCAACUUUAAAAGGCUUUUUGGACAGCUAGCAGGAAGUGAUGCAGAGAUCUCAGCCUUUGAACUGCGCAGCAUCUUGAAUAAAAUCAUGGCUAAGCGUCAAGAUAUUAAAACUGAUGGCUUUAGUGUUGAGACAUGCAAAAUAAUGGUUGACCUGUUAGAUAAUGAUGGGAGUGGUAAACUGGGACUGAAGGAGUUCUACACCCUUUGGACAAAGAUUCAGAAAUACCAGAAAAUUUACAGGGAAAUUGAUGUGGAUCGAUCCGGUACCAUGAACUCGUACGAGAUGAGGAGGGCGCUGGAAGCAGCAGGGUUCAAACUGAACUGCCAGUUACAUCAGAUCAUUGUGGCUCGUUUUGCUGACGAAGAUCUCAUCAUUGACUUUGAUAACUUUGUCCGGUGUUUGAUUCGGCUCGAAACCUUGUUCAGUGAGUACACGCUUGAUAACUGGCCAGACUCUGUUACUUUGUGUUUGCAGCAGGAUAACUGUCCAGAAGUCCAGGAUAAGGUAUCCAUCCAGAUAAAUUCAAAACUGAGAUAUAAAUCUGGCCACCCACUUUGCGUGCUUCUCCUAGAUCUAGGAAUCAGCCUUUUAGGCCAGGCUGCUGAACCACAGCCAGUCUUUCAUGCAAACAGUGGUAUGUUGAUUAAAGAAUAUUAGAGAGCUGUUAAAAAUGUUCAGUCUUGGGUUUCCACAAUGAUUGGGCCUUUCUGUAGGUCAGUGUGAAGUUUUAGAUUCUGGGAUUAAAUUCCCUUUCAAUCCUGAAGCACAAGGAAGGGGAAGGCUUUCCAGUUAGUUCCUGUAUUCACCCUUGUCUGUCAUCUCCUUCCCACCACAGAAAUGUUUAAAAAACUGGAUACUGAGAAAACUGGAACAAUAGAGUUGAACCUUGUUA